UACCUUAAUAGCCAACCAGAGCAUCAUAGACGCAACGUAUCUGCUUCUCCUGCUACCAAUGCGCCUAAAUACCAUUGUUAACCUGGCGCCUCACAACUACACCGCAUGCGCCCUGGAACGGUAUUGCUUUCAAUGGUUGGUCAAUGCCUCGUCCCUGUGUAUAUUAUUUAUGGCUGUUACCAGGUACAUUCAGAUCGUCCAUCCUAAGUUUUACCCCGGGUUUAACAAAAAAGGAAUACAUAUUGGGAUCGUGCUGUACAUAUGGAUUGCUCCAUUUCUUGUGCAGCUUAUUGGAAUCACUUGGCCAAUGCAUCCAAACGUUGUUUUUGAUUACGUAAAGAUAAAGUGUGCACCAAAUAAUGGUAAUGUAGACAAUAUGAUGAACCAAAUUAAUAUUUUCAUGUUUUAUCUGCCGGAAGUACUCGUUACACUCUACUGUUACAUCCAUAUCAUUGUUAAAGUUAAAAUGGCCCAGCGAAAGGUCAAGGUCAUCAAUAGAGGAACGUCGAAUCAACGAUCAAGUAAAUCGGAAAGCAUUCUGACCAGAACAACAUUCGUCAUAUUUACGGUGUACAUAAUUUUAUACACAUUACCGGGAAUGGUAUCUGGUAGUUUUUCUAAAAAUAUAUCUCAACCAAUGGCGACAUUAAUAAGUGUCAUCAUUGAGACUAUGUAUCGUUUCCCUCCAUGUAUAUAUGUCGUAGUGUAUGCAACCAUGAACAGGCAAAUGAAACAGGGCUACAGAAUGAUACUUCAAUGUAAGAGAGGCACAGAAAUAGUCAUCGAAGACCCAACUGAAAAAUCACACUCGAACACAAAUGUGAUUAACAUUGCCAUCAUUCCAGAUAAAAAAUAAACUCCAUGAAAUAGG